GUGGCCUCGUGCCAGAGGCGUGCAGAUCCCAGGCAGAGCGUCGCCGGCAGGGACAUGGGAAAGGCGCGGACGAUCCUUCUUUUGGCAGCAGUGGCAGCCAUGGCCGGUGCUGCGACGGCGCAGUUGGCGUGGUGGCAGUCCGGCGUCGUCUACCAGAUCUACCCCAAGUCCUUCAAGGACAGCGACGGCGACGGAGUCGGCGAUCUCAACGGUGUGAUUGAGAAGCUGGACUACCUUAAGAGCCUGGGUAUAGCGGCGAUAUGGCUGUCACCCAUUUUCAAAUCUCCGAUGGCUGAUAAUGGAUACGACAUUUCGGACUUCCGAGACAUCGACCCGACGUUCGGCACCAUGGCGGACUUCGAAGCGCUUCUGGAAGCUGCCCACGAGAGAGGUAUCAAGGUGGUCCUGGACUUCGUUCCCAACCACUCCAGCGAUGAGCACGAGUGGUUCAUAGCUUCUAGUGAUCCAACACACGAGAACUACGAGAAGUACAAGGACUACUACGUGUGGGUAGACGCCAAGGAAGACGGAUCAGUGCCCAACAACUGGCCCAACCAGUUCGACCAGCAGACUGCGUGGGAGUGGAACGACGCCCGACAGCAGUAUUACCUGCACCAGUUCCACAUCAAGCAGCCCGACCUCAACUACAGGAACCCUGCGGUGCUCGCCGAAAUGGAGGACGUGCUGAGGUUCUGGCUGGACAAGGGCGUGGACGGCUAUCGCAUGGACGCGGUGCCGCAUAUGGUGGAGAAGGCCGGCUUCCCAGACGAGAUCCCGGGCGACCCUGACCAGCCGUACAAACAUCAGCCGGAGACCUACGUCAUCAUACAAGAGUUCCGCUCCGUCGUCGACGAGUAUGAUGACAGGACGAUGAUGACCGAGGCCUACGGAACGGUGGACCAGAUUAUGGGCUACUAUGGUAACGCGACCAAUCCGGGGGCUGACUUCUCCUUCAACUUCGUGCUGAUCACCGACCUCAACGCCGAAUCCACUGCUGAGGACUUUGUCGAGAUCAUCGGUAACUGGAUCGAUGUUGUCAACCAGCGUGGAGUGUGGUCCAAUUGGGUGAUCGGCAACCACGACCAGCACCGCGUGGCCAGCCGGUACAGCCCAGAGCUGGUGGACGGGAUGAACAUGCUGGUGACGCUGCUGCCGGGUACCGCCGUCACCUACAACGGGGAGGAGAUCGGCAUGGAGGACAACUACAACAUGUCGUGCGAGGUGGCGCACGACCCUCAAGGCUGCUUGGACGGAGUCACUCUCGGUAACUCCAGAGACCCGGAGAGGACGCCCUUCCAGUGGGACGACACCAAGAACGCCGGGUUCAGCACGGGUGACUCGACCUGGCUUCCAGUGAACGAGAACUACGUCACGCUGAACGCCGCGGCCCAGGAGCAGGCAGACAGGAGCCACCUCAAGACCUACCGCCAGCUGGUGGCGCUGAGACAGGAAUCAGCUGUGCAGACUGGCGCCAGUUCCGUCAAGAGUUCCGGCACCGUCUUUGCGUUCUCCAGGACUGCGAGUGACGGCACCGAGUUGGCUGUGGCUGUGAACCUGAGCACCGAACCGGCCAGCGUGGAUCUCGUCAGCGUGCUCGGCCUGUCCAGCAGCUCUUUCGUCGUCAGCGCCUCCAGUAUAUCCAGCCCACUGCUGCAAGGCUCGGCGGUGGACGCCUCUUCGCUGACGCUCUCUGGCCACGAGUCUGUCACCAUCAUUACGGCGCCGGCCAAGAUCCGGAGGAAGUUUUUAAGAGUCACUGACAUGCGUAACGUUCAGGAACUUCUGCUGUUUGCGGCAGUGGCCGCUAUGGUGGGCGCCACAGCGGGACAGCUGGCGUGGUGGCAGUCCGGCGUCAUCUACCAGAUCUACCCACGGUCCUUCAAGGACAGCGAUGGUGACGGCGUGGGCGACCUCAAUGGUGUGAUUGAGAAGCUCGAUUACCUUCAGAGUCUAGGAGUAGCAGCGAUAUGGCUCUCACCCAUCUACAAAUCCCCGAUGGCGGACUAUGGAUACGACAUAUCAGACUACAGGGAAAUCGACCCUCUGUUCGGCACUAUGGACGACUUCGAGGCCCUUCUGGAAGGUGCUCAUCAAAGAGAUAUAAAGGUGAUCCUGGACUUCGUUCCCAACCACUCCAGCGACGAGCACGAGUGGUUCAUAGCUUCCAGCGAUCCAACACACGAGAACUACGAGAAAUACAAGGACUACUACGUCUGGGUGGACGCCAAAGAAGACGGAUCAGUGCCAAACAACUGGCCCACUCAGUUCGACCAGCAGACGGCGUGGGAGUGGAACGACGCCCGGCAGCAGUACUACCUUCACCAGUUCCACAUCAAGCAGCCCGACCUCAACUACAGGAACCCUGAGGUCCUCGCCGAAAUGCAGAACAACCUACGGUUCUGGCUGGACAAGGGCGUGGAUGGCUACCGCAUGGACGCGGUGACGUUCCUGGUCGAGGCGGAGGGCUUUCCAGAUGGGGUCCCAGGCGACAUAGAGCAGCCGUACAUGCACCAGCCUGAGUCCUACGUCGUCGUACAAGAGUUUCGUGCCGUCGUCGAUGAAUAUGACAACAGGACGAUGAUAACCGAGUCCUAUGGCACAGUGGACCAGAUUCUGGGCUACUACGGCAACGAGACCAAUCCUGGGGCUGACUUCUCCUUCAACUUCCUGCUGAUCACAGAUGUCAACGCCAGCUCCACUGCAGCGGACUUCGCUGAAGUCAUCGGCAACUGGAUCGACAUUGUCGACGAGCGGGGAGUGUGGUCCAACUGGGUGAUCGGCAACCACGACCAGCACCGCGUGGCCAGCCGCUUCAGCCCAGACCUGGUGGACGGGAUGAACAUGCUGGUGACGCUGCUGCCCGGAACCGCCGUCACCUACAACGGAGAGGAGAUCGGAAUGGAGGACAACUACAACAUGACGUGUGAAAUUGCUACAGACCCUGCAGGGUGCUGGGACGGUGUCACACUCGGCAAUUCCAGAGACCCUGAGAGGACUCCCUUCCAAUGGGACAACAGCACGAAUGCGGGCUUCAGCACGGCUAACGAGACCUGGCUACCAGUGAACGAGAACUACGUCACCCUCAACGCUGAAGCUCAGGAGGAGGCUGGCAGGAGCCACCUCAAGACCUACCGCCAGCUGGUGGCGCUUAGAGAGGAACCAGCUGUGCAGACUGGAGUGACGGCCGUCAACAGUUCCGCCCAAGUCAUCGCUUUCUCCAGGACUGCAGAUGACGGCACCGAGGUGGUGGUUGCCGUGAACGUGGGCGACCGGCCAGACGUCGUGGACCUCUACGAAAUGCUCGGCCUGUCUCAGAGGUCCUUUGUCAUCAGCGCCGCCAGCGUAUCCAGCAUUCGACAGCCUGGUGGGCCAGCCGAUCCCGGCCUGUUGGUGUUCUCUCCCCACGAAUCCGUCACACUCAUUUCGACGCCAGUGGAGCUCGAAGAGUACUGAGCGAGCUGUGUCGACGUGUGCCAACUACCCACCUGCUGUCGCCUACAUGAUACAAAUGCACUUACCGAGAAUUUAUUUUGAGACGUGCAUGUGUCUCAUGACGUUGUCGUUUGACAAAUAAAUAAAGUACGCUUACGCCGUCUAUUAAUUUAA